UUUUCAUUUCACUCACUUAAAUUUGACAACACUUUCCCUUCCAAAAAAUUUUACUUCUCUUUCCCGAAAAGCAAAAGAAAAGAAAAUGAGAGAAAUUCUCCACGUUCAGGGAGGCCAAUGCGGCAACCAAAUCGGAGCUAAGUUCUGGGAAGUGGUGUGUGCCGAGCACGGAAUCGACUCAACGGGUCGGUACCAUGGCGAUACGGAUCUUCAACUGGAGCGGGUCAAUGUGUAUUACAACGAGGCAAGCUGUGGUAGAUUUGUGCCACGUGCAGUACUGAUGGAUCUGGAACCGGGUACGAUGGAUAGUGUUAGAUCCGGGCCCUAUGGACAGAUAUUUAGACCCGACAAUUUUGUAUUCGGGCAAUCGGGUGCCGGUAACAAUUGGGCGAAAGGGCAUUAUACUGAAGGUGCUGAGUUGAUUGAUUCUGUUCUUGAUGUUGUUAGGAAAGAAGCUGAGAACUGUGACUGCUUGCAAGGGUUUCAGGUAUGUCAUUCACUGGGAGGAGGAACUGGCUCAGGAAUGGGGACACUAUUGAUAUCAAAGAUGAGAGAAGAGUAUCCAGAUAGAAUGAUGCUAACAUUCUCAGUAUUUCCAUCACCAAAAGUGUCAGAUACAGUUGUUGAGCCAUAUAAUGCUACUUUAUCUGUUCACCAGCUUGUUGAGAACGCAGAUGAGUGUAUGGUUCUUGAUAAUGAAGCUCUUUAUGAUAUCUGCUUCCGUACUCUCAAGCUCACCACUCCCAGUUUUGGGGAUUUGAAUCACCUGAUUUCUGCCACCAUGAGUGGUGUUACAUGCUGUCUUCGAUUCCCUGGUCAGCUCAACUCAGACCUUCGCAAGCUUGCUGUGAACCUCAUCCCAUUCCCCAGGCUUCACUUUUUCAUGGUUGGCUUUGCACCCCUCACAUCCCGUGGUUCUCAGCAGUACCGUGCCCUCACUGUACCAGAGCUCACCCAGCAAAUGUGGGAUGCCAAGAACAUGAUGUGCGCUGCUGAUCCUCGCCAUGGUAGAUAUCUCACAGCAUCAGCCAUGUUCCGCGGCAAAAUGAGCACAAAGGAAGUUGAUGAGCAGAUGAUCAAUGUCCAAAACAAGAAUUCAUCCUACUUCGUUGAAUGGAUACCCAACAAUGUCAAGUCCACUGUUUGUGACAUCCCUCCAACAGGCUUGAAGAUGGCUUCUACUUUCAUUGGCAACUCCACAUCAAUCCAAGAGAUGUUCAGAAGGGUCAGUGAGCAGUUCACUGCCAUGUUCCGCAGGAAAGCUUUCUUGCAUUGGUAUACUGGAGAAGGCAUGGAUGAGAUGGAAUUCACAGAGGCUGAGAGCAACAUGAAUGAUUUGGUGUCAGAAUACCAGCAGUACCAGGAUGCAACUGCAGAUGAGGAAGGAGAGUACGAGGAUGAAGAGGAAUAUGAAGAAGAAGCCUAAAAGUAUAUCUUCCUUGGUUUGCGUAUAGAUUACUUUCUGCUGUACUUGUUUUUGGCUUUGCUUUUUUACUGUAUGUUUCUUGUCCUGCAGUAUUGCAUUGUCCAUUUCACCUUUCAUGUCGUUGUAUCCACCAAUUAACAAAGCACUGGAUUAAACUGGUAGUCUCAUAUUAAUGAUCCUCCGUUGGAAGUUUUAUUGAAAUUCUCUUUCCUUCA